UCUGUCCAUUUCUUUCUUUAUAUAACAUAUUUUUACUCUGAUUUGGCUACCUGUGGGUUCUGAAGCUGUACAUUUCUCUUUAAAGAAAAAGGACGAGUUGUCUACUUCUUUCUCCCCCACCAAAUUCUAUCCUACGAUGAACACAUUAAGACCCAUAAUAGCAGCAGUUACAGUUAUUCUGAUAUCAAUCACACUGUCACUUUUUUUAUCCAACCAUGAUAAUAAGCCUGAUGAUGCUGUUGAGUCGGAGGUGAUCCCCCUGGUGGGUGCACUUGGUCCAGAAAGCUUUGCAUUUCAUCCUGUCACUGCCGAGGGUCCUUACACUGGUGUCUCCGACGGUCGAAUAAUCAAAUGGAAUCCAGCUCAACGCCGCUGGAUCGACUUCGCAGUUACUUCACCACAUAGAGAUGGCUGUCAAGGAUUAUAUGAUCAUGAAGAAAAAGAGCACAUUUGUGGACGUCCAUUGGGCCUACGUUUUAACGAAAGAACAGAAGAUCUCUAUAUUGCAGAUGCUUACAUGGGCGUCCUUGUUGUUGGCCCCAAUGGUGGUUUAGCUACCAAAAUCUCAACACAGUCCCAAAACGUUCCGUUCUAUUUUGCUAAUGGUUUGGACAUUGACCAGGGUAAUGGAGUAGUUUAUUUCACAGAGAGCAGCUUCAAUUACCAGCGCAGGGACCACAGCGCGGUGAUAUUUAGCAGUGACAAGACUGGAAGGUUGUCGAAAUAUGAUCCUCUUAGCCGAGAAAUCAAGGUUAUUUCAAACAAUUUGACAUUUCCAAAUGGAGUUGCAUUGAGCCAAAAUGGCGAUUUUGUGCUGAUUGCAGAGACACGGAAUUGCAGAAUUUUAAAGGUUUGGCUUGAACCGUCAGAACUAUAUGGAAAGAUUGAAAUAUUUGCUCAACUUCCUGGAUUUCCCGAUAAUAUAAAGCGAAAUCACAGAGGUGAGUUUUGGGUGGCCAUUCAUUCGCGAAACGAUAUAUUUUCAAGAAUUAUCCUUUCCUAUUCUUGGAUUGGAAAGGUUUUGCUGAAACUCCCAAUCAACUUAACAAAAGUGGUUCAAUACUUGAUGAGUUUCAAGGGGUGUGGAAUAGCAGUGCGCUUGAGUGAAAAUGGGGAAAUCUUAGAGAUGCUAGAAGAUAAAUACGGCAAAAAGUGGAUGUUUGCAAGUGAAGUCGAGGAGAGUAAUGGAUACUUGUGGAUAGGAUCUGUUCAAAUGCCUUAUGUUUUUAAGCAAAAGCUUGUGUAAUACUUGCGGAGAUGCGGUGAGGGAAUGUACAUACUCAUCUUUAAAAAAUCUACACAUGUCUGAUAACCAUAGUGUUAUGAAUAUCGGGAUCAAGGAUAGCAAAAACCUCUCAAAAUUGAUAUAUAAAAAAUUACUAUCUUGAUGAGGGAUUAUUGAUUUAUUGAUUAACAAUUUAACAUAUAUUUCAUUUUUUAUUAUUAAUAUUCA